AUGUAUCUGAUCAUCUUCAUAUGUACAUGCUUAAUCUUACUCACCAUACUAAGCAUAUGCGCUCAACAAUUGCACGAACUUCAAGCAUCUGUGUUGGCCUACGGAAAGCUGAAUCUGCACAACAAUAAAAAGCCUGCUACACAAUGGGCUGACCAUCUUUCAAAAUGGACAGUGCCCAAGCACUACUUUAGCCACUUUUAUGUGAUAGGACUGAUGACAGCCGUGUUGUCUAUUGUGGAAUUGAUAUCCUUGUCUAGCUUCAGCAAAUCUUUCUUUAUUAUGCAGCUACUGGAUCAAUAUGAUACUCGCAUUGGCACCCAUCAUGUAUCUCGACAACAGUGUGUCGUUGGAUUAUCGCUGCUUACACUGCAUUUGAUGAGACGAGUGUAUGAAUCGUUUUGGGUUGAGAAACCUUCCAAGACAGCCACGAUGCAUGUAUCUCACUAUCUCACCGGUGUGGGCUUUUACGGUGCCAUGGUAAUAGGUACCUGGCUGGAAGGUGUCUCCAAUGUGGAAUCCUGUCGCGCACAAGACUCAUAUGUCAACAUGAUAUCCCUUUCAGCCAUCACCUUGUUCCUGUAUGCCUCUUAUCAUCAAUACAGAUGCCAUGCCAUUCUAUCUUUGUUGCGACAAUCCAAAGACCAAGCAAGCAGCUACUUUAUCCCACGAGGAGAUUGGUUUGAGAUGCUGGUAACACCUCAUUACUUUGCAGACAUACUAAUCUAUCUCUCGCUAAACAUACUCUACCGUUUCCAAAAUUACAUCCUCAUCUGUGGGCUAAUUUGGACAAUUGUCAAUCUAUCUGUAGUCUCUGGCGAGACUCAACUAUGGUACCAAACACAUUUCUCGGCAGAGAAGCUACAUCAAGCCUUCCCUCAUGGUCGAAAGAGAAUUAUACCCGGUCUUUAUUAA